AUGACGUCUUCACCAACGUCAUCUGACUCCAGCUUGGAAGAAGAGAAGUUUCUGAAACCAGAAGACGUGGAAGAAUGUAUUCCACCGAAGGAGUUGGAAAUGAUGAUUGAAGAGAAAAAAGUGGGAACAUUGGAUGAUUUUGUGACACUCCGGUGGUACUGUAUGUUAGUUCUGCUGAUGGCUGAAUUGACAGCAUUCACUGCAACUGCGAGCAGUAAAGUUAUGGUUUUUGCAGAAUCCAGUCUCGCAAUUGUAGUUUUCAUCUCACCCAGUUCUUGCCCAAAUACGUCCGGCACUCCAUGCAUCGUCUACUUCAAUAUCUCGAGACUCAGAUGCAUCCAGUCUGAAACCUCCUCCAGCUGGGUUUCCGGGUCGUCCGAGAAUUCCUGGCCAAAUGGUGAAUGGGCACUUAUUGAGGAUGGUUAUAUUGCGAGAUUCAGCAGAAAUUGUCAGGAGAAGAAGAAGGGCAAGCUUGACGAAAGUCAUUGCUGGAAUAUAGUGAUCGUGAAAAAGAGAAAAGUAGUGAGGGGGAAGAAACUAAACUGA